AGACAUUCUUCGCCGAAGAGUCGCCGAGGUUUCCUGCUUCAACAGUGCUUGAACGGAACCCGGCGCUCGACCCCCAUCCCGGCCGGCCGCUCAAAGCCAGACGCUCGUCGCCACCUCCUCGCAGCGUCCUCGGACCGCCCCAAGGCUACCGCCACCGCUCCAGCGCCGUGCAGCCACCGCACCUCUCCUAGCCGCCGCCAUGACUACCACGUCCACCUCGCAGGUGCGCCAGAACUACCACCAGGACUCGGAGGCCGCCAUCAACCGCCAGAUCAACCUGGAGCUCUACGCCUCCUACGUGUACCUGUCCAUGUCUUACUACUUUGACCGGGAUGAUGUGGCGUUGAAGAACUUUGCCAAAUAUUUUCUUCACCAAUCUCAUGAGGAGAGGGAGCACGCUGAGAAACUGAUGAAGCUGCAGAACCAACGAGGCGGCAGAAUCUUCCUGCAGGAUAUCAAGAAACCAGACCGUGAUGACUGGGAGAGUGGACUGAAUGCAAUGGAGUGUGCAUUGCAAUUGGAAAAAAGUGUGAAUCAGUCACUACUGGAACUGCACAAACUGGCCACUGAUAAAAAUGACCCCCACUUGUGUGACUUCAUCGAGACUCAUUACCUGAACGAGCAGGUGAAAUCCAUCAAAGAAUUGGGUGACCAUGUUACCAACUUGCGCAAGAUGGGAGCCCCUGAAACUGGAAUGGCAGAAUAUCUCUUUGACAAGCACACCCUGGGAGAUGGUGAUAACCAGAGCUAAGCCUUAGGCUGACUUCCCCAAAGCCAUGGAGUGACUUCUGGUCACCAAGGCAGUGCAUGCAUAUUGUGGGGUUACUUUUACCUUCUCUAUAAGUUGUACCAAAAAUCCAUUUAAGUUCUUUAAUUUGUACCAUUCCUUCAAAUAAAGAUAUUUGGUACCCA